AUGAAUCCUUCUGCGCUUCUACCGGACGCCUUCAGUAUGGAGUGUCCCGUUACCACAGAUGGAGACUAUAUAAAUCCUCAUGUGACCGGUUUUCCAACCAACGAUGACGAUAACCAACGAGUCGGAGGUCUUGCCUCUAUGCCGGUCACCAACGGUGUGCGGUACCACGCACAGCAGCCUGCAAUGCAGGAAUUACACUACCCCGGAUCAUCUGCACUUGCUAUGACUCCUCCAGAUUCUUGCUCGGACUUCCGGCGGGUGCCAGCUCUACAACCGCCUGCAGGCAUGUCUAUCAACAUGCAGUCACCAAAUCAUACCGUAGACUCGAUCCCGGGCCUGAUGGGAAGAGCAAAUGCAUAUUCGUCCUCAUAUGCUCUACAUCGAGGUAUUGGCUUACCCUUGUCUGUGAUAAACUCUCGCUCUCAUCAAUAUCCGAGCACUCCUCGGGCCUUGGAUGGUUUGCUGGACCGCAACCAGGCCGCUGUCUUCCAGCAUCCGAUGGUAGAGUCCACGCAGCGAUCUUCAACCCUGGUAGAGGCACCUCCAUUCGAAGAUACAACUAUCCUCGAGUCAAUUGUUGCGGAGUUUGGAGGCACUCAACAGACUUUGAAGCCCGAAGUUCAGGCUAAGAUUGGACGAGGCUUCUUCGCAUCCGAUGGGAAGUGGACCUGCUACCGGCGGAAUUACUUCGCAGUUAAUUGCAGUUUCAGUCUUCAUCCUUGGCCAUCGACAGUACCUCUGUUUAUUCGUCAUUCCGAUCAGACGUUAGAGCCAAUCCGGGGAUUUAGGAUGCGCAUCUCUGCCAUCGUGAACGGAUCCUACAACGAGACGCGGCCUUUGGUGCAGCACACACCCAAGCGAGACAAGCAAUCCGAACGUACGCCCGGUCCAGUUAUAUUGCAACCAACACCGCCACCAUCGCUCACCGCGGGCUCAACUGGAGCUGGUGGCCAUGCCACCUUCCCUCUUAAUUCGCAGUCUUUAGACUACAACUCUGCUUUCGCAGGGGCACCUCAGCCCUGUCAGCCUCCUACUUCGCACCUUUUCGAACGGAUCCAAUUUCAAAAGGCAACGGCCAACAAUGGUAAACGCCGUGCUCAACAGCAAUACUAUAAUCUCGUGGUGGAGCUUUACGCCGAGGUACCUCGAGGUGACAUAUCAGACUGGGUACAAGUUGCCCGUCGACAUUCUCACCCUAUGGUAGUCCGAGGCCGUUCUCCCGGUCAUUACAAAGACGGGCGUCGCGACAGUACAGCAAGCAUGGGUCCUGAUGGUGAAAGUGGAGAAGGCCCUGGAAGUGGCCUUCCCCACGGAAUGGGCCCAACAUCGCGUUCACACAUGCUCAUGCAUGACAAUAGUUAUCGGAGCAGCCUACCUUAUGGAAGAACAGACUACCGCCAGAUGAACAAACCCGAGCAUUCACCUCUGCUCGAUAGUCCUCUGGUCUCAUCCUCUUCUUCCUCCGGCUUCGAUUACUCCAUUAUGAAUGAUACCAUGGAUCCGAUGGAUACUCUCAAGACAGACUCAACCCUGGACCCCUACCAGGACCCCGUGUUCCCCGAUCUUCCACACCACCACCGCCCUGGUACAGGCGGCUAUGAUCCUGUAUACUCGACCUACGGCCGCUAUGACCCCAUUCAGAAUCCGCAUAGUCUAUGCACCUAG